AUGACCAUGGCAAACCUAACACCCCAGUCGAAGUACAAGCUGCAAUCGGGAUAUGAGAUCCCUAUUCUGGGAUAUGGCACCGAGAAGGCUACUGCAGAAGCCCUGAAUGUUGGAUUUCGUCACGUGGACUCGGCAAUCAUGUAUAGCAAUGAGAAGCCCUGCGGAAAAGCAAUCCUGAACUCUGGGCUAGAUCGUUCGGAGAUCUUCUUCACCACCAAGAUCCCGCCUGAGUCCAUGGGUUACGAGUCGACAAAGCGGGCUGUCAAUUCCAGUCUACGUCAGGCUGGACAGGAAUAUUUUGACCUAAUCCUCCUCCAUGCACCCUAUGGAGGCAAGGAAGCUCGCCUGGGCUCCUGGGACGCCCUGGUCGAAGCCCAAAAGGCAGGCAAGACAAAAUCAAUCGGCGUGUCAAACUACGGAAUCCACCACCUUGAAGAGCUGGAAGCAUACAUCCAAUCCGGCGGAGGCGGCCAAAUCGACGUCGGUCAAUAUGAGCUGCACCCGUGGCUGGAUCACUCUGAUAUUGUGGAGUGGUGCCAGAGUCGGAAGAUUGUUGUUGAGGCGUAUUCACCGCUGGCGCAUGGAACUAGGCUUCAAGAGCCCAUUUUGGUUUCUAUUGGGGCAAAGUAUGGGAAGACGCCGGCGCAGGUUUUGAUUCGGUGGAGUUUGCAGAUGGGACUUGUGCCUUUGCCCAAGUCUGUGACGCCGGAGCGAAUCCGGGAGAAUAUAGAUGUGUUUGAUUUUGAGUUGGAGGAUGAGGACAUGAAGUUGUUGGAUACUGGAGAGUAUGAGCCUACCGACUGGGAUCCAACUGUCGAUUCCGACUGA